AUGGCUGCAUUAUCUAACGAAAUCAAUGACGAAUUAGUUUCUGAAGAAGAUGAACAGCACGAACAAGAUCAAGUUGAAUUGGAUUUAAUUGAGUACCUAAGAAAUAAACUUGUUGAAUUACGUUCAAAGAUCUCUUCUGAAUUUGAAAUAUUGGUAUUUGGACCGGCACGUGUGGGAAAAUCAACAUUAAUAAAGCAAGUAUCCGGCGACGAUACAAUAGAAACAUCGGCCGAAAUGAAUGCAUGUACAACCAAAACCGAGAAACAUAUGGAUAAAUACAAUAUUUUUUGGUGGGAUACACCAGGCUUGGGUGCACUAGAAAUAUUGGAUGAUAUUGGCAUACCAGUUGUUGAAUCAACGUUGAAUGAACAGGAAAAUGAAAUAUACAAGCAAGUUAAAAAUGGUGAAAAUCCGCUAAUGAAAACUGGUGCAUCUCUUUUACCAUUGGCUACGCCAGUGGCCGCUGCCGUUAUGAGAGCAAUGGUCGAUAAAUUAUUUUCUUCGAACAAUUAA